UACUCGAAUAACCGUAGAUGUUGGCGACAGCAAGAUAGUUAAGAGGGAGUUUUACGGAUUCAGUGACUGCAUAUGCAAAAUUUACAAAAACGACGGUUUAAAAGGAUUAUAUCAAGGACUGUCUGUCUCGGUUUGCGGGCUAUCUUUAUACAGUUGCAGAAUCACGUUGGUAAUCACAAGGAAAGAGGAUGGAGUACCUUAGAAACAAUAGUUCUGGUUCUUUGGCCAUUGAAAGUGUCCGUGAAAGUCGUGUGCUCGUUCUUUAUACCGGCGGUACCAUUGGAAUGAUUAGAAAUGAAGAUGGAGUUCUCGUCCCUAAAGCGAACGCUUUCGUGAAAAAACUGCGAAAUUAUCCACACAUGUAUGACCGAGAUUAUGCGGAAAAACGAUUCGGAUUGAUGGGACCGCUUGUACUUCCAAUGACUGCGACAGACAGCAAACGUGUCAUUUAUAACGUAUUGGAAUAUUCGCCACUCUGUGAUUCUAGUAACAUGACAAUGGACGAUUGGAUUCGUAUUGCCCAUGAUAUCAAGCAAGCUUACGAACGUUUCGACGGAUUCGUAAUUCUACACGGAACAGACACGUUAAGUUACACGGCAUCUGCCCUAUCUUUUAUGCUCGAAUCUUUGGGCAAAAUAGUUAUUUUAACUGGCUCUCAAGUCCCAAUUUUCGACAGCAGAAGCGACGGUUUGGAUAACUUCCUGUCAUCCCUGAUAAUAGCUGCAAAUUACAACAUACCGGAAGUAUGCGUAUACUUUGGAACAAACUUGAUGAGAGGAAAUCGUACCUGUAAAAUAUCGGCCACUUCGUUCGAGGCGUUCGAUUCACCAAACUUUCCACCGUUGGCUAAGGCCAACAUCACGAUAGAAGUGGAUUAUCGAGCAAUAUUCCGUCCAUUUACGUUGGAAAAGUUUCACGUAUACGCGUCCUUGAACAGAAAUGUUGGAUUGCUACGAAUAUUUCCAAGUAUGACUACGCAUUUGGUAAGGGCGUUUCUACAGCCCCCGAUCGAAGGUGUGGUGCUACAGUCCUAUGGAGCAGGCAACGUGCCCACGAACCGAGAGGAUAUAAUUAAAGAAUUGUCCGCAGCUACAAAACGCGGUGUCAUCAUCGUCAAUAUUACACAAUGCGCGACAGGCUGCGUUAAGAAUUCAUACGCACCUGGGAAACUUCUCGAGGAAGCCGGUGUAAUAUCAGGUUCCGAUAUGACACCAGAAGCUACGUUGACUAAACUCGCUUACGUAUUAUCGAAGAAAGAAUGGGAUUUACAAACGAAGCGUCAAAUGAUGCAAACGAAUCUCCGCGGAGAAUUAACUGCUCAACGACCGCCGUAUCUCGAGGAUAUAGAUCUUGUGGAGGCGGUUGCAAGAUCUCUGAGACUUUCUUCAACGGCGGAACGUCAAGAAUUGGGAUCGAUUCUUUUCCCUGCGAUGUUGAAUGCUGCCGUGAGGAGUCGCGAUGUCGUGAAACUCGAAAUCUUGAAAGGAUACGGUGCAGAUAUAUCGCAACAAAACGCAGAUGGUCGCACGGCAUUGCAUAUUGCUUGCUGCGAAGGUGAUUUAAACGUCGUCCACUGUCUUUUACGAAUGGGUGCGAACGUUCACAUCAAAGAUCGAUUUAACCGUACACCGCUUACCGACGCGAUAGAGUUCGAUCAUCACGAGAUCAUUAAUAUUCUAAUACAUAAUGGUGCACACUUACACGGAAGCGCAUAUAUAAUAGGGGAGAAAAUGUGCGCCGCUGCAGCCGUUGGAAACGUGAAACGUUUAACGUCGUAUCAAUUAGCGAACGCAGACCUCUCGCAGAAGGAUUUUUCUGGCAGGACACCCUUGCAUUUCGCGGCGCUACAUAAUAACAUACUAGCUGUUCAAUUCUUAUUGGAUCAUAAUGUGGAGACGGAAUGUUUCGAUAAAACGGAACAAUCGCCGCACGAUCUUGCUAAAGCGUCGGGUUCCGCAGAUGCGGCGAGAUUGUUGUCGCCGCUUUAUUCCCCGAACUCGCUAGUUACGGAGGAAACUUCGAGAUGAAAGUGAAACGACCGCUAGUCCGUAGCUAUAACCACGCAAUUUUACACAAGAAAUCACAUCAGACUAAAAAUAAGACCCGUGUAUCUGCGUUAAGUGCAAUAGUAUAAAAUGGACAUCUAUUCAACUAUCUUUGUAUUGUAUUCGCGUCCUAGUUGAAAUAAUAUGAUUGCGAAGACGGCGGACCACGUAAAUACGUUAAUUUGUCGCAGAAGAGUCGUUAAGCAUUUCAUACAAUAGUUAACGAAAAGUGAAAGUCUAAAGCGACGGUGAUUAUGACUGGAUCACGCAGCAGUGCACGCGAAAAUAUUUCGCGCAAGAUAAUAACGUAUUUCCUUGAGCGUGGUAAAGUGUAAGUUUGAAGUGUGAAAAGCCGAUGUUCCUUCAUUUUUGUACAAAAACAUUCCCUCCUGUAUUUGUGCAGUAAUAGAGAGUAUGCGUUACAUCGUCACAUUAUCCCAAGCUCGUCCAUUACGGUUCUUAAAAGCUUCGGCGUUAUUAAACAAUCCUUAUAAAUGUAAGCGCAAUUAUGAUUUCCCUUUCGUCCGGUAAUCACUGCAUCUUGAAUGAUCGUACCAUUUGUAACAUCUUUGAACCAGCUGUGACUGUUGAUAAAUCAAUUUAAAACAUCCUCGUAAUAUCAA